UUUGGUUUCCGGCAAACUGAGAAAAAAAAAAAAGAGAAGAGAGGAGAGGAGAGGAGAGGAGAAAACCCUAGCGUGAUUUGCUCGUAGUUUCGUAGCUUAAUCCGGCUAGGGAUUUGUAGAGAUCUGAUUGUUAGAUACGCGCCACGAGCGAAGAGGAGAGGAGAGUCAUGUCGGAUUCUGAGAAAGAGAUCGAGAAUCAGAUUCUGGAAGCAGGGGAGAAGCUUGUUGAUCCACCUUCUUCACUCGAUGAGCUUCUUCCUCUCCUUGACAAAAUCUUCACUUGCUUGGUAGAUGUUGAGCAGUCACCUCCUGCCUCAAUGCAGAAUGCACUCUCUCCAUUGAUGACAGCAUUAGUCGAUGGGAAACUCGUCAAGCAUUCUGAUAUCGAUGUGAAAGUUGCAGUCGCUGCCUGCAUCAGUGAGAUUACUAGAAUAACUGCUCCGGAUGCUCCUUAUGAUGAUGAUCAGAUGAGGGAAGUAUUUAAGCUAAUCGUAUCAUCAUUUGAAAAUUUAGACGACGACUCUAGUCGCUCCUAUUCCAAAAGGACCUCGAUCCUUGAAACUGUGGCCAAGGUCAGAUCGUGCGUUGUGAUGCUGGAUCUUGAGUGUGAUUCACUUCUUAUCGAGAUGUUCCAAAACUUCUUGAAGGCCGUUAGGGACCAUCAUACAGGGAACUUAUUUUCUUCUAUGGAGAACAUUAUGACACUUGUUUUAGAAGAAAGCGAGGAGAUACCUCCAAAGAUGCUUUCACCAAUUCUGCAUUAUGUUAGAAAGGAUGAUGAGGUUCCCCAAGUAUCACGGAGUCUAGCAGAACAAGUUCUCAGUAAAUGUGCUAGCAAGCUCAGAAAUUAUCUGACUGAAGCAGUGAAAUCAUCGGGUGUCUCUUUAGAUAAGUAUAGUAAGGUAGUGGCUUCUAUAUGUGAAGGGACAUUCAGUGCUUUGCAGCAGGACCAACUUGCUGAGAAUGAGAAAGAGGAUAUUCAAGGUCAUUUAACGAAGGAAGCAGAAGUAGAGCAGGAUAAACAGGAGGCAGAAGUAAUUUCUACACCCGAGCGAACUGAUCCACCUAAGGACGAAUCAAGUAAGUCAGGAGUCAGCAAUGGCAUUGCGCAACAAAAUGAUUCUUCUGUUGAUACUGAGUCUACAAAGAAGCUAGAUGAUACGAAUGCUAAAGAUGAGCCUGAACAACUUGAUAAUCCUAGCAACACUGGCUUGGAUAAUACAUCUGAAGAGAAGCCAACUGUUGAACAUCAAACUCAGGAAAGAGAACCUAGUUCUGUCAAAGAGGUGGAUUCAUCAAAAAGUUCAGAUGUCAAGGAGGAGACUGAACCUGAAGCACUCUUGGAGAGCAAGGAUGUGAAAAGUUUGCCUCCUGAUGAUUCAUCUGUUAACGCUGCUGCUUCUGAAAAUGAUCAGGAAACAAGUGUGCAGGCUUUUCCAUCGAAGACAUCAGCUGAUGAAACUGCCAAUGUCAGUUCUCCAUCUAAGGCUGAAGAUCUCGUUGAGCAAAUCCAGCCUAAGACGACUGCAAACCAGAAGAAAAAGGAGAGCUCAACGAAGGAGGCCAAGUCAUCAGCUGUUGAAACUGCCAAUGUCAGUUCUCCAUCUAAGGCUGAAGAUCUCGUUGAGGAAAUCCAGCCUAAGACAACUGCAAACCAGAAGAAAAAGGAAAGCUCGUCGAAGGAGGCCAAGUCAUCAGCUGUUGAAACUGCCAAUGUCAGUUCUCCAUCUAAUGCUGAAGAUCUCGUUGAGGAAAUCCAGCCUAAGACGACCGCAAACCAGAAGAAAAAGGAGAGCUCGGCGAAGGAGGCCAAGCCAUCAGCUGCUAGUGCUACCGAAGAAGCUCCCGAAGAAACAAACACUUCUGAAGCUAAAGUGACAAAAAAGUCUGGAAAAAAGGUUGCUUCAUCAAGUAAAGCCAAGUCUACUGUUUCUCCUUCAAAGAAAAGCACCUCUGGGACAAAAGCUGCAAAGCAGUCAGAGAAGAAGGCAGUUGAGAGUGAUAAUGUACAAGAAUCCUCAAAGCCAAAAGUGGAAAAGAAAAAAACAGGACGUGGGAAAGCCAUGGAUGAUAAUUCUUCAGGUGAUAGUGAAAAACCAGCUGUUUCUUCUGGAAAGUCAGCCUCAAAGUCAAAGAAAGAAGUGAAGGAACCGAUAGAAGAGAGUCCUAAUACAAGCUCAAAGAGAAAACGAAGUCUGGGCAAAGCAUCUGAUCUCCAAACCCCUGACGGAAAUAUAGUUGGGUCGAGGGUCAGGGUCUGGUGGCCUAUUGAUAAAGCGUAUUAUAAAGGUGUGGUCGAUUCAUAUGAUUCUGCUAAGAAGAGACAUCUGGUUAUCUAUGAUGAUGGAGAUCAAGAAAUCUUGAAUCUUAAGAAACAGAAGUGGCAUUUUCUGGAUGAAUCAGAAACAGAGGGUGAAGAAGCUGCUGAUCAGACAGGUCAUGAGGAAGAAGAGCCCCAGAGUAAGAAAGCUAAGACAGGCAAGCAAUCAAAGAUUGGAGCAUCAGGGAAAAAGGGUGGUGGGGCUGGUUCCAGCAAGUCUAAAGUUACUCCUGCUUCCAAGUCCGGCAAGAAGUCCCAGGAUGACAAAACAGAGAGCAAACCAAAGGAUUCAAAGGCGGCUAAAGGCAAAGGAAAAUCUACACCUGCUUCUAAGACCAAGGAGAGCGAUGUGGAGUCAGAGUCGGAAGAUACGCCGAAGGCACCAGAACCAGCAACCAAGGGGAAAUCAGUCGGUUCAGGCAAGUCGCAGGCAAGUCAGUCCAAGUCCGGUAAGAAGAGGAAGCGAUGAGUCUGGCUGCAGGAUAAAGGGAUUACGUAAUUUACAGUGGAAAGCUAAGCGCAACGGUGGUAUUGGUGGUUGCGGUGGGCGUAGGUUGGUGGGACUUGACAUCUUAUGGGCACUAGAAGUGUAGAAUUGUUUUUAUUUAAGACAAGAAAUGUAGUAGUGAGUGGCUUUCACUUAGGAUUGAUUUCAGCUUAUGUAGUAGCGUUAAUGUGUGGAUACAUAAGAUGGCUUUGGUUAUUUUUCAUUUUCUUUAAAGAAUUGUUUUACCACAUUUUUUCCUAUCUCCAUUUUGGAUUGUAAACAAUAAAUCUUCCGAGACGAUUUAUUUAGGUUGAGUUAUUUGUU